AUGGGCCUCGAUUUCGCAUCCAUUUUCAGAUUCAUGUGGCCACGACGUCAAGCAUCUCAUGGUGACUCUUCAGCCGCUCAGAAAUCAAUUCCCACGGCUCCUUUAGUAUUAAAAAAUGCAUUACCAUCUUCUUCACGCUCUUCUCUUCUGACACCUCUUUUUACAUCGCGUAAAAGUGCCGAGAAGGCUGAAAACACAAGUAUCAAACCACACAACGAAGUUAAAUCCGGUGUUGACGACGCUGCGUGGCUCUUACGAGCUUUAGACAAGAAAAAACGAAAGAAGGUCAAGACUAAGACAGAGAAAAAGGCCGUGGGGUCAUUAAACAUUGUAAAAUUAGGUAAAACGUCGCAGAAAACAUCAAAAAACGAUCGAAAAGGUGGCGCUUAUGGACUUGCCAUGUCUUUAAAGCAACAGCAGCAAUUGUGGCGAAAAGGAGCAGUCAAGAAGCAUCAGGACAAUGCAAAAGCAGUUGCAAAAGAUCAAGAACGAGAACAACAGGAGACGGGCUUUGAUCGUGUCUUCCAGGAAGUCUUUUGUGAAGAACAAGAAGUGAAAAGAAGAGAUGAGAAUGAAUCAAAGAGUAUUUUUUGUAAGAGAGAUAGAGGAGCUGACACUUCGGAGUUAAGAUUGUCAUUCUCGAAGUCAAGUAAUGAUGAAGACAGUGGAAAGCAAAUAUUUUCAAAUGAAGAGAAAGAGACGGAAACGUGGAAGUUUACUUCAGCUGGGAACGACGUACUAAAUCUCGACGACUUUGACGCUUCGUCUGGAAAUACUGAAAUGAAUUUUAGCAUGUCUGUUGAGGCUACAAAGGCAGCGGAGUUUGGCAGGUGGAAAGCGGAGGACACUCAAAGUGUCGUCAGUGAUAAUUUCGUGCGACUCAACAUGCGAAAGCGGUUUAAAGGAAGUUCUGGACGUGCAAAGAAACGUCCGGCGUAUUUACGUGCACGCAAUGAGAGCCCGUUGGAUGAAGUCACUGGUGACAACUCCAACGGCAUCGCUCCGCUUGUUGAUGCAAAAGGCAGUCAGCAACGCAAACUAGAGAAGCCACUGCUAGCCGAUGACGGAGUGGACUUUAUCGAGGAAUGCCUAGAGGCAUUGGCCAAGGCUGAGAAAGCUUGUGGUCUCUCGGCUUAUGAGACGUUCGAGUCAACAAAACGAAAGCGAGAGACACAGCCUUUGCAACCGCCAAGAUGUCACCAUGCGCUCAUUUGCCAAAGCUUGGAGGUCAAGAAAAGAAAUAAAAAUCACGGCCGACGGUUUUUUGCAUGCCCGUUGGCGUUUGAUGAAGGCCGCUGCGAUUUCUUCCUUUGGGAAGAUGACCACGUUCCGCUUGCGCUACAGACGCUCUUUACUGCUCCAUCUUCAAUCGUUUCUGGUGAAUCAGCGGCAGAAGCAGAAGAUAUCGAGUGUGUACCAUUGGAUAUUGAGGCAUCUGAAGACGAACAACGUGAUGCAAUGCUUACUAACUUGCGCCUGGUGUUUGGACACACUAAUUUCCGCCCCGGACAGCAGUGGGCUAUCUCGAGGGUUCUGCAUCGACAAGAUACACUCCUAGUGUUGCCCACGGGUGCCGGCAAAUCGCUAUGCUAUCAGUUUCCAGCACUGUUCUUACCUGGAAUCACGCUUGUGAUUUCACCGCUUAUUUCACUGAUGAACGACCAGUACGAGAGCCUUCCUGCACCUCUGAAGGCUCGUGCUGUGUGUCUUUCUGGAUUCUCUGGUUCCGGUUCGUCGAAAAGAAAGCAUGCAGCCUUUGUACGUGACCUGUUGGCAGAUAAGCUUUCCCUUAUUUUCCUGUCGCCAGAAAAGGCACUGGGUGCGGGAAUGCAGGCGCUUCUUGCGAUGCCGCGUGUUCGAGCUCGAUUGGCGCUAGUGUGUGUUGAUGAAGCGCAUUGUAUUUCUGAAUGGUCUCAUCAUUUCCGCCCGAGUUACCUACGAUUGGCAGAGGUUUUCCGCCAUGCACAGUGCGUUAUGUGUGUGACCGCCACAGCUUCACGACGUGUUGUGCACGACGUGCUGCGCCAACUGCGCUCACGUCGUGAGCUUCAGGUCGCGGCCAACCAAAUUCCUGAGGAUGAACGUAACAUGGUGCUGCAAAUGCCGUGGCAACGUAAAAACUUGGCACUUGAGGUCCGAUCUGUAAGCUGCAACGAUGAGCGGCUACGGCAUCUUGUUCACAUACUUCCAGAGCUAAGCAAAGGGUCGACUCAACCCUCUAAAGCGAAUGGUGGGGGUGUUAUCGUGUACGUCCAUCAGCAGCGACAAACAGAGGAGUUGGCAGCUUUGCUUCGCGAGCAACUGCCUUCUACAUGGCGCAGUUCCGGCAAGGUGAUGGCAUUUCAUGCUGGUAUGUCUCUCGAAGCAAAGGAGAAGGUUCGCACGGGCUUCGCACGAGGAAGAGUACGUGUGGUGGUGGCCACUGUGGCUUUCGGCAUGGGUAUUGACAAGAAGAAUGUACGUGCAGUUGUGCACUUUCACAUGCCAUCAUCGGUGGAGGGGUACGUACAGCAGGUUGGACGAGCUGGGCGUGACGGGAAGGCUGCGCGAGCACUUCUCUACCUACUGCAUGAAGACGCUGUGCACUACCGCUCGUUGAUUUUCUCGACGGCGCUACACCGCGAUCAACUUCGGAGGCUGCUCACAUUUGUUUUCCUGAAUCAUGCGAUUGUAGUAACAUCAAGCAAAGAUCAUGUCAUCGCAGUGGAACACUCUAACCAAAAAGUUGGUGGUCUGACACUAGUGUCCUUAGAACGAGAUUGGCUAGAACGCCACCUCGACCUGAAGGCGGCUACGAUCGAGACGUUUCUUACGCUACUGGCACUAGAGACACAGCGUGGUAAGAACACCAACGAAGACAACAGUUUAGAUUUGCGCGUGGUGCUGCAGCCUUUAAGCAUGAGUCGGUGUACGCUGCAGCUGCUCGAGACGCAGGCGAAGAAAUUGGCAACGCGUUCAUGCGCAAAACUUUUGCUUGAAGCUGUGCAGCGCAAUGAGCUUCCAAAUGCACGUGUGACACAUCGCAAGGACGGGUAUCUGAGCUCUUGGGCUGUGGACUUCCAUCUACAUGAAGCAGCUCAAUGGUACGAACGUACAAUUAGUGCUCGCGGAACGGUAGAGAAAAAUGCUACCACAUUGGCAAGUUCAGGUGCCCAGCAGGACGGCGAUACCAACGCUGCCGCUGUUGCUGCUGCAACAAACGAACGUCGGAUGCUUCAGGAACUGCGGAUAGCCCAGCAGACUGGCCACGUUCAGCGUUUGUCACUUUGUCAACCAGCGUUUCAGAUACAGUUGAGUUGGCAAGUUGAACUGAGCGAAAAGAUGAAAGCUGAGGUUGUAGAGCGAUGGACCAAUACAUUGUACGCGAAGCAUGAGCAUCUCGAGUCCCGCCAGCUUGCCCGCCUUGCUCAUUUGUAUGGAGCUCUGCACACAGCUGCAUUGCCGACGCCAUCACCGACAGCUUCAAGGCAUAGGAUCGAAGACGAAAAGGACGAAAUAGAAGUUCUUGAGGAUAAAGCGCUUGCUCUUGAGACCAAGCUCGAACGCUAUUUCGAUGACGACGAUGAGAAAAACGAUGGUAUCGAAGGCGAAAGUGGUUUUGAAGACAAACAUCUCCUGCAGAAGAUACUACGACCGCUGACAUCAUCUCUUAUUGAGUCCAUCGAGCGUGAUACCUGUUCGCUUGUACAGCUUCGUCUUGACGGUAGUGAUCCGAUGGAAGGUAGCGAAGCCAAAGGUCACAAGAAUUCAGACGAUGGCACGAAAUGGACGAGCUAUUCGGUGGCCAAGGUGUUUCAUGGUCUAACAACUCCUCAACUUUCGAUUCAACGAUGGCGCGACCAUUUAUGCUGGCGUCGUUAUUCUGAUGUGGCGUUUGAGCGCAUUGUUCAAAUCGUGAACAAAGUGUUGCUGGAGAACCAAACUACCAAUGCGGCGAAUGUUAUGGGCGACAAGUACGGAAUCGUCCCAAACUGA